GAAACAUCAAAUUAAUAAUAUUGGCGCCAUGAGAUGAAUCACUCUCUUUCUCAUCUUCUCAAUCGUUGUCGAAAUCUCGCAUCUUUAAGAUCAAUUCACGCCCGUCUCUUGAUCGAUUCCACAAUAAACUCUUCAGAUCUCGCCCUCAACAAAAUCCUGCGUUUGUAUUUCCGUUUCGGUGGAGUAGAUUACGCUCGCAAGGUUUUCGAAUCAAUUCCUCAACCAAAUUCCUUUCUUUGGACUUCAUUGAUUCAUGGGUACGUUGAGAAUCAUCUCUAUAAUGAAUCACUUGCUCUGUUUUCUAAAAUGCGGGUUGAAUUCGUUGAACCUCUCAACUUCACUAUAUGCUCUGUAAUCAAGGGUUUAUCUAGACAGACGAGAUUACUAGACGGGGAAGCAGUUUACUCCCUUUCGUUAAAAUAUGGAUUUGGUAAUUAUCCGAUUGUUCAAAAUGCAAUGCUUGAUCUUUAUAUGAGAUGUGAGAAAGUUCAAUUUGCUGAAUUUCUUUUCUGUGAAAUGCUUGAAACUGAUUUAGUUUCUUGGAAUACAAUGAUAUCUGGGUAUGUGAAUAAUUGCAGACUUUUUGAUGCACGUAAGAUGUUUGAUAAAAUGUCUGAAAGGAAUGUGAUUUCAUGGACAAGUAUGAUUUGUGGAUAUGUUAAAUCUGGAAACAUGGAAGAAGCAUUGAAUCUCUUUAAUUCGAUGCCUGAUCAAGACAUGGCCUCAUGCAUUGUCAUGAUUUCCGGAUUCAUCGAUGCUGGCGAUCUCAAUUCAGCUACCGUUAUCUUUAAUUCGAUGAAAACUCGCGAUAUCAGGAGUUGGAAUAUAAUGAUUUCAGGUUUCUUUAAGGCAGGGGAUGUUAAGACUGCAGAAGAUUACUUUGCGAAAAUGCCUAAACGAAACGUUGCUUCGUGGACGAUAAUGAUAGAUGGAUAUAUCAAAUCAGAAGACACGACGAGCGCUCGUAAACUGUUUGAUCAAAUGCCCGACAAGAAAAAUCUCGUCGCUUGGUCAUCCAUGAUUGGAGGUUACUCCAAAAACGGUCAGCCUCAUUCUGCUUUACAAUUGUUCGAGUGUUUCAAGAAUCAAAAUAUUCGACAUGACGAAACGUUUGUUUUCGCAAUCAUAUCGGCUUGCUCGGCUUUAGGUGUAUCCGAUGCAGCCGAAUUCGUUAUUGAUAACUACAUAGGUCCUUCGCUUUUCUCGAAUUUAAGGUUGGUUACAAGUAUGAUAGAUAUGUAUGCUAAAUGUGGAAACAUUCAAAAAGCCUUUCAAAUAUUCAAAACAACAAAUCAAAGAGACUUGCUAUGUUAUAGUACAAUGAUCGUUUCAUUCGCUAACCACGGCAUGAACCGAGAAUCAAUUGCUCUUUUCGAUGAAAUGAUUCGGGCUGGAGUGAAACCUGAUGGAGUAUCGUUUCUCGGUUUAUUAACCGCGUGUAAUCACGUUGGCCUUGUGGAAGAAGGUAAAGAGUAUUUUAAACGAAUGAUCGAAGAGUUUGGUAUUCUUCCUUCGGAAAAGCAUUUUGCGAUUAUGGUUAGCCUUUUAGGUCGGGUUGGUUCUCUCGACGAGGCCCAUAUGGUUAUUCGGACUAUGCCGAUGGAGCCCACUUCGGUUGUGUGGGGUGCUUUGUUAGCGGCGUGUGCGGUUCAUAGAAGUGUUAGGUUAGCGGAGAUUGCGGCGGAAGAGUUGUUUAAGAUCGAGCCCGAUAAUUCGGGUAACUAUAUUCUAUUGGCUAAUGUGUAUUCGGCUCGUAGACAAUGGGGCGAUGUUGCGAGAAUUAGGUCGUUGAUAAGAGAAAAUAUGGUGAAGAAGAAUUUGGGUUCGAGUUGGAUUGAGAUUGGAUGUGUUGUUCAUGAAUUUGCUAUGGGAGAUUCUUCACAUAAAGAUAUGGAUGAGUUAUACUCUAUGUUGGAAUUAGUUAACCAAGAUAUGAUGUUUUUUAGAAAAGUGUAGUAUUUAUUGAAAUGAAUUUCAAAUCUACAAAGGUUUGAAAAUGUCUU